CGUGGAAGUAGCAGUCGGUAUGAUCGAAUAAUAAUCUAAUUACGAUAAAUCGAUACGAAAUCAGUUGGAAAGUCCGCAAUCUAAUUCUUAAUUUAAAUUAAAUUAAAUAUCCACAUUUAGGAAUGAACCAUUUUAUUUUAAGUAAUUUUUUUUAUUCCAGGAGACGGUUGAGGAUACGCCAACACACGAUUGGCUGCACUCCUUGCGACACAAUUGGCGGGAACUGUCUAGUCAUGAACUUCACGUCAAAAAAGUAAAAUAAUCAAAAAUUUUCGUAAUUAUGGUAAAUUAGAUGAAUCAAAAUUGUAAAAUGUGAUUUGUGUUCUCGGACAGCGUAAGCAGUGACCACCGCAGGGCUCUUCAGGAUUAUUUUGUGAUUGUCAGUCAUUUGUGGUUACGAUCGGCAGUUGCAUCUGCUGAGAUCUUCUCGCAAUGCCGGCGAAUGACACCAAAUACACCGUAGCCAGAGUGUGAACGUGGGAAAGAAGAGAAUAAAAAAUUAUCCAAAUGAUGGAGUCUAUGUCUAGUGUCCAAGUUGACGCUGUCAGACCCCAUGGCGUCACCUCCAGGUAAUUAUUGGGCGGUGACAUUCACAGCUUUUUUUUUGAAAUGCUGUGGAUUUUGGCCGGCCACAUCGAAAUUUGAAAAGCGCCUGAUGGAUGGACUCGUCGUGUACACGAUUAGUGCUGUACUAGGUGCCCUUUUCUUCGUCUUCUACGACCUCUACAAGUGUUAUGGGGAUGUCGAUAAAUUCACGUAUUCUACUAUGAUUUUCUGCACAGGAGCUUUUGGACUCUAUAAAGUUGUCUCUUUUACGCUGAAACGGAAGUCCUUUUUAGAUCUAGUUUGUUAUGCCCAGAGGCACUUUUGGAAUAUUCAGUAUGAGGGCUAUGGUGCUGAUGUUAUGAGUAAGUGUAUGGUGCGAUUAACUGGAAUCGUAACAUUUGCGAUUUUCAUGUGCCAUUUGACGGUUGCGCUUCACUACAUAAUUCCAUUAAUAGAGAAUCAAGGGAGAAAUGAGAGUGACAGAAUCUUCCCCUUUCGAUUGUACUCCGAUUUGCCGAUUACUCUGUCUCCCUGGUAUGAGAUCCUUUAUGUUGGACAGGUAAUUGCAACGUGGCCAUGUUGCUACUGCUACUUCUGCUUCGACAAUUUCUUAUGUCAAAUGAACAUCACCGCAGUUGCACAAUUUGUGAUACUCCAGAAAGAAAUGCGAGAGAUUUGUGACAAUCUCGAUGGUUCCUAUCUAUGGAAUGAACUUAAAAUUCGAUCGCGAUUUGUCAGCUGCGUUCAGAGACAUCAGCAAUUGAUAAAUUUUGUGGAUGACAUCAAAGAACUUUACCGGAGUGUGAUGCUCGGAGUAGUGAUUCUCCUUAGCUUUUUGAUCUGCCUGGAGAUGUUUCAGCUCAUGACGUCUACGGACAGUGCGAAGCUCUCUACGUUCCAUUAUUGCGUCUACUUCGGAGGAAGUAUAACGCAGUUAUAUUUUUACACCCUGACCUGUGACGAUCUGACGGGCGCAAGUCUUGCGAUCUCCGAUGCGGCAUAUGAUGUGCGAUGGUUUUUGAUACGAUCGGAGGCCAUGAAGAAUCGACUGGUGAAGGAUCUGUCGAUAGUUAUAAUGCGAUCGCAGAGAGCCUGUACCCUGACCGUUGGUGGAUUUUCACCGGUAACAUUGCAAACAUUUACGUCGGAUAUCUUUAUGUUCACAGAUUUGCCACACUGCCUUUUCAUUCCUGGCUCUCAUCAGGCAGACGCUUGAAGAUGAUCAUUCGUAACAAUUACUUUAUGAUGAACUGGAAAUUGCAAUGGGUUACAUCUUUGCAAAUAUAUA